AUGGACACAUCCACGCGACAACGUGGCCCUCCAUACGGCUCUCGCCCCAGCCAACCUGCCUCUUUCAGCGGCUUCCCCUCCAAGCUGCGUCAUGAGGUCAAUGACGACGUCCGAGGCCGCCCUUCGUCGCGACCUCUGGGUAGCUGGAGGACCGCAGGCCCUGUCAGCGGCACCCAGCCAGCAGCCUCGUCUAUCGUGGCUGGUAGCCGCCUCUUCGACCGUAAUCAGACCCUGCCUCGCACAGCUCGGCAAGCUUCCAACUCGCCUGCCAGCACGCCAGGCAAGAUCUUCAAUAGAACUGGCCUUGCGAAUGGCGCCACUCCGAAGUUCACUUUCUCUCCACGCCUGCCUCCCAACGCCGUGCGUGAGAGCUUCUCGGCCGUCACUCCAGGGCGGUCUUUCCGGGGCUCCACAGCCGAUCUCAAUGGACGAGCCAUGUCCAAGACCUCCUCGACCAACCUCUUUCCUAUGAGGAUCUCUUCUCCUCCACCUGAGCUCGAUGGCGAGGAGCUGGCCAAGCAGGUCCCCGACAGCCCAGAUAGGGUGGGUUCUGUCUACGCUGACGAGUUCUUGUCCCACCUCGUCCCCGCCGAGCUCGAUGAUAUCCAGCGACGCCAAUUCCUCUGCGUCCUUGAUCUGCGCCGGCUGAAGUAUGCUGCUUCCGAGAUUUUCGCGAAGAAGGAUUGGAGGGUCAACAUCAUGAACUUCGCAAAGGAAUAUGAAAAGAGUAGGAGCCUCAUCAUGCUGCGGUACGGCCUCUACGAAUUCAAAACCGUUCCUGCUUCCAGGGAGCUGUUGAAAAAGUGGAAGCAGGAGAAUAAUGUGCCAGAGGAGGACGAGGAGAUGGAAGAGGCUGAGGCUCCCAGGCCGAACGGCACCUCGAGCAGCUUCAGAUCAUCGGUGAAGAGACGAGCUGGAGAUGACCUGGAUAGGGAUAGUGCCUACACAUCUGCGGCUCCGGCCCCGAACAAGCGCCGUACCACAGAACGAGAGCCUCUGGCCGAGUCAACACCCCUAACCUCGAAUGCUGGUGCGACACCGUUCGCGAAGAAGACUAAGCGUGGCGCUGAUCACCUGGAUGAGCCAGACGAGAACCAGCCCAGCAAGAAGAAGUCUAGUACUCUCUCCAUCUUCGAGGAUGUUGCGAACAGCUCGCCAGUUCGACAAGCUGCGAGCCCCGCGAAACCCGCCGCGAAAAACCUCUUUGCACAGCCGUCUACACAGGCACCAACUAAACCGACUUUUGGCGCCGGAGACAAGGUCUCGUCGGGCAACAUUUUUGGCCACUUGUCUGAGCAGAACUCGCCCGAAGGCAGUGAUGAUGACGAGGAUAACGAGGGUGGUUCUGAGGAUGCGGAGGCUGAGGACGAGGAACCAGCAAGCCAGCCCCCGGUAUCAGCUACCAGCGGUGCACCUUCCCUCUUCGGCACGAAGCCUUCCGGUGGCUUUUCUACUGUUGGAGGCUCUACAGCCACGAGCACCGGUCUUUUUGGUCGCAUCACUAAGGGUGGAGACGGCGAGCAUGUGCGAGCCUCAGGGGAUGCCACCCCAGGAAUUUUUUCCACCACGAAGCCACCAGCAAGCCCACCGAAGGAGAGUCAAGACAAGACGUGGAACCCGAACACGCCGAUCAAGUUUGGUGGCGCAGCUUCCCAGACUGGUGCCUCGCUCUUUGGCGCCAGCACCACUCAACCAAGUUCCAUAUUUGCCAACAAGCCCACGGAAAGCACCGGGUCAAUCUUUGGCUCCACCACUCCCAAGGCCAGUGCAGCACCGACUUUAGGUACUCAGGUACAAGACUUUGGAAAGGAGACGCCCAAGCAGGCCGCACCGUCAUUGUUUGGCCAGCCUGCCAAGCCGUCAGACUCGGGCAGUAGCCUCUUCGGUAAUGCCUCAAAGACGCCUGCCUUCGGGACGUCCACGCCAAGUCAGCAGAAAUCUGACGAGAAGGGCUCUUCGGGAUCGGUUGGAACACCUGCAACCAGUAUUUUCGGACAGGCUGGCGCUGCAAGCACAACACCCUUUGGCAAGCCUGCAGAUGCUCCUGCUACUCAAGCUCAGCCGACAUCUCUUUUCGCCAACCUCAACACACCUGCCACUACAACUCAAGCCUCAGCGCCAUCGCUCUUCGGAGCGGCAAAUGACAAGCCAAGCGGCUCGCUGUUUGGUGCGAAGAGUGAUGAGAAACCAUCUUCCACACCAGCUCUAUUUGGCACCCAGCCAUCCUCAACAUCGACGCUGUUCGGCGCAAAGGCCGGGUCUGGUGACGAAAAGAAGGAGGAAUCAGCCCCGAAGAGGAAGAAGCCGGAUUCUGACGAGGCUGGUGCGGUCUUUGGCAGCACAUCUGCUGAGCCAGCGUCCAAGAAGUACUCGUUCGGAGGCGGCGCACCAACCCCUGCGGCCAGCCUGCCACCCAAGACCGCGGAAGCAGCCAACGGCUCGGAUGAAGCAGGAGCUGUCUUCGGAAGCGGCUCGCAAAACGGUAGUAAGACAUACAGUUUUGGAAGCACAGCUUCUGCCACACCUGCUCCAUCGACUUCGAAGCCGGCCGAUACUCCUGCCCCUACAUCCCUAUUUGGGACUCCAGCACCCCAGGCCGAGCCAGCGAAAACACAACCUAGCAUCUUCGCAAAUGUUCCCGCUCCUAGCACAGGCUUCACUUUCGGUGCAGCAUCGAGUACGCCAUCAACCAAUUUGUUCGGGGCCACUGGAAACGACGCCAAUAACUCGACCAAGAAUCAACAAUCGAGCUUCUCAUUUGGUAGUGCUGGCACUCCCGCGCCGGCUCCCGCGCCCGCAGCCAACUCCUUCACCUUCAACUCCGGUGGUGGUGACCAGGGCUCCUUCAAUAACCCCUUUGCUGGUGGCAAUUCUGGGGGAGUUUCAUUCGAUUUUGGAGCGACCCAGAGUCAAGCAGCUAGUGCACCAUUCCAAUUUGGCGGCCCCGCUGCUCCAGCCGCUCAGCCUUCUACGAGCUUCACAUUUGGCGGGGACUCACAGGCAGCAACUAAUGGCCCUUCGUCAUCAAGCUUCACGUUUGGUGGCGCUAGCCAGCCUACAAACGCGGCGCCUGCUCCAUCAUCCAACAUGUUUGGAGGUUCUCAGCCGAACGGCGGGUCUUCCAUUUUCAACUUUGGUGGCGGCAAUUCACAGGCGCCAUCUCAGCCGACCUCUUCCGCCAACAUGUUCUCCGGUCAGCCGGCCAAUGCGGCGCAAGGCAUCUUCGCUGGUAGUCUAGCGCCCCCAGCUGGAUCUUCGACUGGCACGAAUACCCCUUUGUUUGGCGGGGCGUCUAGCAUAGCUACGACGCCGGCGGCUGGCACACCCGAGCCAGAAGCUGCUCAGGCCAAGAAAGAUAAUGCAUCGAGCGAACAGACGGCUGACGAGGACGGAAAACCACAGGAGCAAAUUUCCCUAACCGAAGGUGGGCCCGGGGAAGAGGACGAGCAGGUCGUUCAUGAGGUGCGAGCCAAGGCUCUCCGACUUGCCCCCAAAUCCGACGACGAUGAUGACGACAAGGAUAAGGGCGCCAAGAAGAACCCAUGGAAAACAGAGGGCUUGGGCCCACUCAGACUCCUCAAGCACAAGAGUACCGGCGCCGUGCGAAUUCUGUUGCGCGCCGAGCCUCGUGGCAAUGUCGCCAUGAACAAGCUUGUGCUUCCUGACUUUGAUUACAAGGUCGACAAGGGUGCGAAGUGGAUCAAGGUUCCCUGCGCGAAGGACGACGGAAAGGGUCUGGAGACAUGGAUGCUCCAGGUGAAGACCAACGAGCUGGCUCUGAAGCUCGCCGAUGCCUUGGAGGAGAACAAGAAGGCGAACAAGAAAUAG